AUGGCUCAGUGGUUUGAGCUUUUUGUUGCAAAACUCAUGAGUUGGCCUUACGAAACUGGAUAUUGGACUUUGAAAGGUCUUUUUAAUGAAACCCAGCUAAAUGUGACUCUGAAACAAUGGUACAGUAGAAAUCAGAAUGAUAUGAUUCCAAUAAUUCUUCAUCAAUCUGAUUAUAUUUUCUUUAUUUCGGGUUUUCUGAAAAUGCAUGCAUCGAUGUCUUUAACAACUUUACUCUUGUUAAUUUCAAUUGAACGAUCAUUUGCUUGUUAUUAUUUGAAUGAUUACGAAAAGAAAUCCAGAAUUUGGAUUGCCGUUUCGUUAUUGUCAAUUGGCUUUGUGCUAAAUUUUAUUAUAGCUGCUAUAUUUUAUUUCAAUUUACUCUCUAUGCCAUUAUUGAUUGUAUUAGUUCUCGCUCCAAAUAUUAUUGGGUUCAAUUUAAUUUUCUACACUCGUUACUGGAAUCAAAAAGUUACAAAGACUCAUGAAAAGUUUGCAAAUCAUUCCAACUACACUUUGGCAGCCAGAUUUCAAGCAAAAGAAAAUAUAAAAUCAUUUCAAAUGGUUCAAAAAGUGAUUAUCGCUGGGAUGGGUAUGGUGGCACUUGGAAUUAUUACAGCAAUCCUAUUACUCUGGAAUACUUUCCCUCGAUUGGACAAUUUUUUUAAUUUAAUCAUUCAAGGAGAAAUGAGUUUUACUCACCUUAUUGUGUCGAUGACUAUUAUUUAUUCGGUGGAUUCAUUCCGGAAAGUUAGAUUGGUUAAUUGGGAAUCAAUUUGGAUAAAAUUCAAAGUCAGUAGGAGGAAAGUGGCAAUCAUUGCUGUUAGGAAGGAUAGUACUGUAAAAACUGAUAUAAUCAAGAAAGAGACAGAGACAUAUUUCAAUCAGUUGGCAAACUCAUGGACUUGA